GGUGACGAGCUGACCGCAGCUGCCUGGAGCAAUAUAAAAACGAAAGGGUUUACAAGAACUGCCAGUUCAAGCUACAUUUUGAUUCCGAGUCAGUUUGGGUUCAGUUCAACUUUACUACCGUGACAACUUGCAGUAUACCACAUCAAACGCGAUGGCCGCUACCUCUGGGAUUGGUGUUUCCCCCGAGCUUACAAAGGAAUUCGCUGAUGCUGUCGAGACAAAGAACGUUCGGUUCAUCAAAGUCAUCAUUCAGGACGAGUCUCUCGUUUCGGUAACCUCCCUGUCAGUCACCGAAUCCUUGAAUGAGGAUUUGGUACAACUUCAAGAUCAUCUUGAAGAGAAGGAACCAUGCUACAUCCUGGCGCGUCUCGAUGACCCUCCUUCAGAAUGGCUUGCAAUCAGCUAUGUGCCAGAUUUUGCCAACGUUCGGGAUAAGACACUGUAUGCUUCCACGCGUGGUUCUUUGACCAAGUCGCUAGGCUCGACUGUUUUCACGGACAGUCUGUUUGCAACCUCCAAGGCGGACGUGACACCUGAAUCAUAUGAGGCUCACAAGAAGCACCAGGCUGCACCCAAACCUCUGAGCGCGCGGGAGCAAGAAAUUGCAAAUAUCAAGGCAGCUGAACGAGAAGCUGGAAACAGUUAUGAAGGCAGCAAUGCAAGAAAGAACCACAUUGGUCAACGCGUAGGCCUGUCUUGGUCAUCGGACGCUGAGGACGCUGUGAAGGGGCUUGGCUCGCGAGAUGAUAGUCGGAUCGUCAUAUUGAAAAUCGAACCAUCAACCGAAUCACUUGAGCUGGACUCUUUCGCAGAUGUAACAGUGGAUCAUUUGAGUUCAAGCAUACCAAGUGACCAACCCUCAUAUGUGUUCUAUGCGUGGACAAACUCAUAUUCUCAGUCAGGCGGAGACAUCGUCUUCAUAUACUCUUGCCCUACGACAUCACCUGUUCGAUACAGAAUGCUUUAUUCAUCAGCGGCUAUGUCGACUUAUCUCGCGGCGAAGGAUUUAUUGGCAGAAAUUGGGUCAACAUUCCCGCUUGCAACGAAGAGGAUUGAAACGUCGGACCCAACGGAACUCGAUGAGGCGUUCCUCAAGACUAGUCUCAACCAUGAUGAACCCGCAGGUUCCAUUACCAAUAAUAGUGGUGCUCGGCAGGAUGACCCUGCAAAACCCUCAUUCGCGAAACCAAGAGGCCCCGCGAGGAGGCGAUGAAAGCUAAAGAAAGAUCGUAAUACCGUUCCAAAUGUGCAGUAGUGUGAACAUAACAACUCGGAUAUAAACUUGUAUAUCUGUCAGGAGUGCCACUCCGCUGAUAAUGGAAUCCCCUUCGUACCGUACUGACGAAUCACUCCCUUUCUUGCUUCAGUGUCCCUCCUAGUGAAUUGACCACCCAUUCUUGUCAGUGUAUCUUGAUAGAUAUAAGUGUAGGCGGUUAGGGAAGAAUGAAUCCUCAUUUAUUCUUGGCCCAUCUAUACUUUUAUCCAUCCGAAAAAAGAAUUAUCGCCAUGCAUACCGGAGCAUCGCAUGCAGGGGUUCAGUGCGAGUGGGA